GACUUAGCCAUUUAUUAAGCGCCUGCUGGAUGCCAAAGAGGUUUCAUUAAGAUUCCCCAAUUUCCCGAAAGGGAAACUAAGGCUGAGCCUUGCCGGAGUGGGGAGCACAGCGUGGCGUUUGGGAUCCAAGUCCUGAGAAGCCCACCGCGGAGUUCCCAGUCCCUUUAAUCCACCCCCGCCCCGCAGGCAGCUCUGGGGAUGACGCAGAUGGCCGUCUUAGGAGCUGAUUCCCCGGUACAGGGAAUGCUGUAAGUGGGCCAGGCUGUCAAGAGGACACAGAACAGACCCUACUCCCAUCUCACCCGGGCCUUGGGCCCAGCCCCGCGGCAGGCCGGGCCUAAAUCUGUGUCUCUGACUCAGCCUUGGGUACGCAGGGUAGCACGGUCUGCCAGGUGAGCAGCGGCCAGGGGGCACGGGCACGAACAGUCCAGGCUGGCCCCCCGGGGGCCGCGCGCCGGGGCCCGAAAUAGCUCAUUUUGAUCCCACCACCUCGGCCAAGAGCCCAGGCCUGGCACUUGGCGCAACCAGCUGCUCCUGCAGCAAGACGGAAGUGCUUAGAUGACCCAGCGGGACCCGUUGGCCGGUCCGACUGAUGGAGGGACGGCGGUUAGAGAGCGGACAGACUCCCUGAUUGCCCCCUGCAACGAGAAAAACCGUCGUUAGACUGGAGUCUGGCUGAGAUUUCUGCAGCAAAAGGGGGAGUGGUUAGAAGACACGACAGCAAGAAGUGUAUUUUAGAACCCCUCCCAACAUCGAGCCCGGCCUCAGAUCCUUUCCAUUGGUCCACAGGCUUGUCAAUUACUGCUGUACGCUACAGUUCUCCAAUCAAACACUCUCUUUCAGUCAGGCCGACGUUACAGUGAGUUGUGAGGCAUCUCCGUUUGGCCACUUUUCAAUUCCUUUUAUUUUCCUCUCUAUCAUUGGUAGCCUCGGAGGCCGCUCUCUUCCCGCGCCGGCACUCCCAGAGAGGGCGGGGCCGACAGGACAUUGCUAAGCGACAAAGAUGCGCGCGGGGUCAGUCGGCUGAAGGAGAGAAGCAGGCGGAAGCGCCGAGGUAGCGGCAGGAUGGACCGCGGCCUGCCAGUUUUCUCCAUCCAAGACAGCCCAUUUGGGGACGCUCCCCUGGGUUGAAGCCACUACUGGCCUUCCCAAAGCCAGACCUGGCACCUCAAGGUGAGGACACCCCACAGAAAGUGCUGUGUGCCAGUCCAGUAGCAAAGGAGUGACGACUAGAGGGAAGGAAGACGUGAUGAUGGGGACCCGGAGCCCGUCCAGGACCCAGAGAUCCAGGCUCCCAGAAGCUCCCAAAACUCUGGCCACAGGUCCCAACUCUCCUGAGCUGUUUGAGGAGUUCUGGCCAUCCAGCUCAGGGACCCCUUCCCCACCCAGCAGCACUGAGGGACAAAUUGGAGCCUCCCCACCACGCACCCUGACUGAGAGUGGGGACUCCGUGGUGGCCAAGUACAUACACCGGUUCCGUCAGGCUCAGCCCACGAGCCGGGAGGAACGAGAGACUGCAGGCCCAGCCCCAGCUGACUUUUGGUGGCUGCGGCCUGAAUCUCCAGACCCCAGCAGUCAGCUUGCAACAGGAGCCAGUGAACCAGAAGGAAGACUCAACACAGCAGUCCCAACUCUUGCCAAGAUGGCCAGCGCAUCACAGGCUAAGGCUAUGGCCCCCCUUGAGGAAAUAAAGCAGAGCCUUAACACAUGGAACUCAUCCCUGCUGGACCUGGAGACGCUGAGCCUGCAAAGCAGAGCUGCCAGGCUGCUCCAGCGCAGCAAGGCUUCUGUCUCCUCCUCCUCCUCCUCCUCCUCCUCCGUCAGCCCCAGUGAUGCCAGCAGCUCCUCACUCCCCGUCAGCUCUGAUGGCCUCUCACCCUUCUCCAUGGCCUUCAUCCCUGACUCCAGCAAGGGCUCUGACCCCAGGGCACAUGCAACUCCGGCACCUAUCCCUGCUCCAGCCCCAGUCUCCUCCCGGGCACCCCUGCGGCCAGAGGAUGACAUUCUGUACCAGUGGCGGCAGCAGCGGAAGCUUGAACAGGCUCGAAGAGGUCAGGGUGACGGAACCUGGGUGCUGCCCCGGACCCCUGCCCUCACCACUCCGGUCCCUGUCCCCAUCAGCCUACAGACCUCUCCUCCCCCUGCGGAGACCCCUGGUUCCCUGGGAACCCAGCCUCACUGCGUCCCACUUUGGGGCAAUGUUGCCCGGCCUGGUCCCCCGGAGGCCUUCUAUUUAGAAAGACCUCCUAUUCCCCCAGGGUUCUCUCCACACAUCUUUUGGGGCCCCAGCCCCCCUGGGUUCUUCUGGGCCCCGCAGUCCGGUCCCUGGGUAUCUCUUGGGGCCAUUCCCCCCACCCCCCCCCCCCCCCCCCCCCCCCCCCCCCCGCCCCCCGCCCCCCCCCCCGCCCCCCCCGCCUCCACCCCCGGACCCCCAGCCUCCAACCCCGCGCCCCGGGUCUCCACCCUCGCGCCUCCCGCCUCCACCCCCGCGCCCCAAGCCGCCCCCCAGGGCCCGCCCACCCCUGUGCUAAGCAACCCCGCCCAGCCCGAGAGGCAGGGCCCCAAGCCUCGGAGAAGCAGAGCCCCGCGCCGGGACACUGCUGGCCGAGACACAGCCGGGGACGAGGGGCCCGGCCCGCAGCUCAGAGGCGCCCUGGACCAGGUGGUAACUGCUCGGCUGUUUCCGGACGGCCUGGAGGACACGCCCCCUCGCCUCGAGAGCCCGCCUCCACGCGAGACGCCGUCUGCGAAAGUCAAGGCCACACACCCCCAGACCAAGGUUUUGCCCCCUCGCUCGGAGGUCCCGCCCCCUCCGUCUGAACCACAGUUUCUGCAGGCAGAGACCCCGCCGGGUCAGUCUAAGGCCAAGUCUCGGAAUACCAAGGCCACGCCGCCCCCAGUGGGGUCGGUGUUUUGCAAGGACAAACACAGUCCCUCGGCUUCAGCCGGGCGUCCGCAGCCCAGGGGACAGCCCCCUCCGGCUGAGGAGGUGUCCACAUGCGCCAGGGCCCCGCCCCCUUCGUUCAAGGCGGGGUCUCUCGAGGCUGUGGCCACGCCCUCCUCCUCUGCUGACCACGCCCCCUCAGAGGACCUGCUCUCGCAGGCCGCCAGACUUCUGGAGGCUGCCGAAGACUCCGACGGCAGCGAGUUCCAGGACGACCCUGUACUGCAGGUGCUAAGGGUUCAGAGGGCAGAGUUGCGGCAGCAGAAAAGGAAAGUGGAAGCCCAAUUAUCGCGCCUGCUGAACCACACUGAAGACCCAGAGUCUUGAUCUCCUCCAGAGAUGGCCCCCAGGUCCCCAAGGACUCAGCUGCCCAGGGAAGGAGCCUCUUUUGAGGCCGGACAACUUUGAAUUGUGCAAAGUCUCUUUUUCCCAAUAAAAAAAUUUACUUUUCA